UAUCUUCCUCCUCAUUCACAACUCCAUAACCAUGGCCACGGUGCACUCAGAACCAGCUUCCUCAUUACCAACAGAUACCGAUGUCACACCUUCAAUAACACCCGCAAACCCACCAUCAACAACGGCUCCCUCUCCCGACCGCCUUUCUCUUUCCUUCGACCGUCGUCUCCUCCUAGCUUCCUUCUCCUCAUUUUCCUGCGGUGCCAUUCUUGGUUAUACUACGACUUCCCGUCUUGCCGCACUUCGAUUUCGCGCUGAAAACGCCCACCGUCUUCCCAAUACCCAGCCAGGCUGGUACCUAUACCACAAGUCUAAAAAUUACUACAAACUUACAAAAGGUAUCCCCGCGGGUAUACGCGCCGGCGCCAAACUCUCCCUCUGGACCGGCAUUUUCUUCAUCAUCGAGGAGAGUUUAGAUGUGUUCCGUGGCACAUGGCGCGCUGGCCGCACUUUCAGCGAAAUGGAAGGCGUCAGCGAGUUGGAGGUGAAGCGUAUGGAUGAAGAGAUCCAAUGUAGUCGAGACUUCGUGAGCAGUGCUGUUGCGGGGAUGGUAACUGGCGGCCUUUGGAGCGCGGUGAAUAAGUUUCCUAUGGUUACCGCUGCACGGACGAUUCGUGUGGGAGUGUUGGCUGGGUUGGGGUUUGGUGUUGCACAGGAUGCGUUGUCGUGGGGGAGAGGGAAGACGGGGGGAGUUGUGAAUGAUGCUGAGAGUUGGAUAUAUAAGGGUGCGAAGAAUAGAAGAAAAAAGGAGGAAGAAGAGGGGGCGAAAGAGGAGUAG